GCUCUACCAAUGUUUACACACACGCUUUGUAGGAGGUACGAUCAAAUCGUCACCAAACGUUAUAGAGUGCCAUGUACGUUGAUUUUAAAUAAAGUUCGAGUAUAUUGAUUUAGCUAGUAUAGGCAAGCAUGUAAAGUUAGGUUAUGUGGAUAUAUUUAAUUGUAUAUGUUGCAUGGAUAAUAGCAGAGUACAGCCAUAAAGAACCAGGACUAAAUGAAGACAGUAACCAGAAAUCUUAGAACCGCAACUAAGACUAAAGAAGCUUGAGGCCUGAAAAUUCCGGAUGAAAUAUCGGCACGAUCUUUAAAGUAGCGACAAGAAGUAGCGGAAACACUCCACGUUAAUACAAAACCACUCAGAAGUGAAAACAUUGAAGAAGGACAAAGCAUAGUAUGUGAUAUCUUUGGCGCUAUCUGUGUAGAAUAACUAGAGUUUCUAAGUUGAAAGAUAUUUGAAACUUGUCGAAAUGACCACAGAUGAUUCCGAAAUCUGAUCGGAGUAUAUUGAGAAAACAUCUUCGGGUUGUAUUAGAGACAGGCGGACAACAACAAACUUUGGAUUGAUUUCAAGGAUUUGGGAUCGACCAAUCAGAUUGCAGAAAGAAUUGUGAAGUUUAUAAUAACUGAAAGCCAUAUAUAUAUAUAAAGCCAUACCAGAUAUCCUUCAUUGACAAAGUAGGAGAAUUACACUAAUAAGCUAGUAAAUUGUACAUGUGCUGUGUGGACAAACUCCAGGAGUUUAUUUGCAUUUCUUCUUUAGCCUAUUUAGGGGUAAUUAGGCCAUAGGAGGGAGGUAAUUAGGUCAGAGAUUCACCAAGCUAUCAGCUAACUCAACUAGAUGUUUAUUUAUCUCUAGUAUAAGGAUAGUAGUAAGCUCAGAGCAGAUCCAAGGAUCAACUUGAAAACAUCACCUUGGAAUUCUAGGGAUAAAUUACAGCAUUAUGGCUGUGGUUUCAAGUGGAGUACUGGGCCAUAAUCAAAUGUUUAGGACGAUGCUAUCAUCGAUAUGGAUUUACAAACUGUGCUUCGUAUUAGUACUAUUGUCUCAAAAUAUAAAUGCUCAAACUUGGACUGAUAAACCAGCUGCAACAUCAGUGAAAAUAGGUUUAUCCGUGACAUUACCAUGUGGAGUUACACCAGCUCCAACUAAAAUUGUUUGGUUACGUUAUGUAGGUGGAUCAUCCCAAAUUCUCUUUAUAGACUCUAGUUCAUUUGAUAGUCCCGCUAGGUAUUCUCUAGAUGGAACAAGUUUAAAGAUUACAGGAGUCACAAUGGACGAUGAUACGGAUUUUCAGUGCCAGGCAUCGUAUGAUUCUACUAUUCUUCAAGAGAGGUUUCCACUUACAGUACUUGUUGUACCCGAUGUGCCUGUGAUCACCCAAAGCCCAUCCACAGUUCUCCAAGAGGGCGAUAAUGUCGAAUUAACAUGUUCAACAAGUAAUGGUAACCCAAUCCCAGUUAUGACGUGGCGUCGCAAUGGGGAGAUUCUCCCUGAGGGUGAGGUAAUAAAUGCCUCAGUAAAACAAGGUACGAGCACACAUCGUAUAACAAGGACUGUUACGAAGGAGGACCAUGAUGCAACAUUUGAUUGUGAUGUCAUCAAUGAGGCAAACAAGGACGGACCUGAGAAAAAGUCUGAAAGAAUACUUGCUGUUCAAUAUAAGCCUUAUCUAUCUCUGGGAAGUUUCAACCCACUGCAGGUUAUUGAAGGUGAUGAUGUCACAAUCACUUGCUCAAUUGACGCUAACCCUACAGCGACAUCUAUACGUUGGGAGAAAGACGGAACACCUUUGGGAGAAACAAGCAAUGUGAUCAGCCGACCUAGUGCAUCCAGUGGCGAAAGUGGAAACUACACAUGUAUUGCAACCAAUGCUUUGGCAGAAACACAGGCAUCUGUUCACCUAGAUAUACAAUAUGCCCCAAAGUUGACCACAGCCCUUGAUACAUACACCAUCGAUGAGGGCCAAAACCUGAAUGUAUAUUGCAACAUUGACGCCAACCCUGCAGAAACAACCCUUUAUUGGAAACAUUUGAGCUCCCUAACGACCUUUCAAAGUCACAUUCUAAGCCUCCCGGGAAUUUCCAGAGCACAAGAAGGGACGUAUCAGUGCAUCUCAGAGUCUGUGUUAACUCCAUCUGGUGGCCAAAUGACUUCUGUGACAUCAACAAAAGAUAUCACAGUUAUUGUGCAAUACCUGCCAGGACAGGCAGUUGUAGAUCCAGUGGAGGAUGUCAUCAAAGGAAACUCCGUCACAUUGAGCUGUUCAACUUCAGACAGAGGUGUUCCCGAGGGUGACUUUGUAUGGCAGAGAGAGGAUGCCUCUCCUGGGGCUCUGCCCCUCCACAUUGGUGCCACCUAUACCAUAGCAGCGACAUCUAUAAGUAAUAAUGGAAGAUAUGUCUGCACAGUAAAGAAUGAUGUUGGACAAGGACCUUCUGGUAGUGUCUUAUUAACAGUCAAUGAAUUACCAAGAUGGCUACAGAACAUCCCCCCUCUGCCUCAGACUAAAACCAUCAAUGUAUCUGAGAGUGACUUCUCCAUUCGCUGCGAAGUACGCGGGAAACCCUCACCCCAGGUCACAUGGUCAAAGAAUGGAAUUGCGCUGAUAUCUGAUUUGUACACAUUUGACACGCAGCAAGUUACGAUUGAAGAGCAUAGUUUUCAUGUUAUAAGUACAUUGAGGUUGAAUGGACCAGGACGAAAUGGUGAAGGAUUGACCAAGGGGGAUUCUGGGAACUAUUCCUGCUGUGCGACUAACAGCCUGAUGCAGUCUGGGACAUGUUUGACGUCAUCCAUGCAGCUUUUCAUUCAAUAUCCACCUGAAGUCACAACCCCAGAUGCCAAAGUUGCCGUUGACAAGAACGACACCGCCAGUCUGGCAUGCACCGCUCAAUCCCUCCCCUUGUCAACGAUUCAAUGGUACAAAGGCGAUGAGCUCAUCAUCCAUGGCGGGAAAUAUGAUAUCGCAACAGUCACAAAAAUAUCAACCAAUCAGGUCAUGAGUACAUUGAAUAUUACGGGCGUGAUGGAAGCAGAUUUCGGCAACUUCAGGUGCCACGCAGUGAAUACUCUCGGAAGCAAUCAUAGAAUGGUUAACCUGACUGUCAAAACCACCCCUGAUGCCCCCUCGGGUUUACAACUCGUUGAGACAACUUGGGAGUCAGCACAACUCUCCUGGGUCCCAGGAUUUGACGGAGGUCACCCACAGACUUUUGUGCUCACACAGUUCAAUGGCGAAUCAAACAAGAGGGUACCUGUUAACCCAGAUGGUGCUUCCACCUAUAAUGUUACAAUGUUGUACCCAAACACCAACUACACAUUCUCGGUGUUUGGAGAGAACAGGCUUGGUGGUGGACCAUAUUCCAACAGUAUCCAAGUAACAACUAAAUCCCUUGCCUUGCCAACUGCCCAAGAUGUUAAGUACGACACUGAUACAAGAACCAUCACAUUUGAAACAACAACUGACAAUGUUUGUGUUAGAAUCCUCACUAGCUCUAAUAAUAACAACUGGAAGUUGUACGAAGAGUGUGCACCACCUGCUGGUGGAAGUCUGCAGAUUACAGAUGCAAGCGUGAAAUAUGUGCAAGUUUUAUUCUGUCAUCAAACUCGACGGGAUGUUUGCAGUAGAGCAGCAUCGGCUGCCAUAGUUGAGCCAGCAACAGCAGAUAUCCCCGUAGAGACGAUCAUCAUUGUAGCCAGUGUAUGCGGUGCUAUCAUUCUCAUCCUCGUUGUCAUCUUCCUCAUUGUGUAUUGCCGUAAACGCAAGGCAAAUAAAAAGGAGUAUGCCUCAUCCCCGACGAUAAGUGCCCCCCAGCCAGUUGCAACACCCCCUAGUGUCACUAACACAGGUACUGUACAGGGUAUAUCUAACCCCGCCCUUGACGCUACUGAUUUUGGUCCAUAUGCGGAAGUUCCCGGGUAUGGUCCGGGCUACGAUCUUGAUGAUCCAACGAUGACAGGUGUGUACGCCACACGCCACGAUUCUUCACGCAUGACUGCACCUCUUUCUUCUGAUAUUAGCGCCACCUAUAAUUCUGCUUUUCCAUAUAUGCAUUAUUCUCAUCCACCUAAAAUGAAUGGAGGUCCGCCCAAUGGUUAUGGUUCUCACUAUGGAAAUAUGCAACAACAACAAUGGCCACCAGCGCCACCUAGCAACGGCUCAGUCCCGAAUAAUUAUGAGACAUAUGAACUCCAGAAUCAGGAGAAUUUGGGAAUGGAUGAAAAUACAAUGAACGAGAGGAAUGCCUAUCACACAAAUCCAGCCAAUGGUCAAAUGUACGACCAACAAAAUCCUGAACAAAUGUAUGCUGCAAUAAAUAAAAAUAAAAAGAGACCUAGACAAAAUGGUGAUCCUUCUUAUAUGAGUUUACAGCAAGACACUCCGCCCAGUGAUAGAAAAUCACCAUUUAUUAUAGGAUAUCAAGACACUAAAAACCCAGAAACUCGAAGUGGGAACGAAAGUGGUUACUCAACCCCCGAUCCCACUAAACCUAAAAAGGUCAUAUAUGAAGUCAUUGUAUAGUGAAUAGAGCCCUCUAUAUGUCAUUUCUAUAACCCACAAGCUGUCAUCCCUAUGAUAUCAAUAAUACUACUCUGAUCUUUCAAUUUGGAAGAGUUCAUUUUGAUCAUUAGGGGUGUGUGGGACAUCCGUCUGCAAAAGUGAAAGUGCCUUAUUUUAGACAUAGUGGAUUAUAGAAAUGAGCAUAAAGAUUGCAGAGGUUAUUUUAUUUAUAUAUUAUUUUAUUUGUUGUAUAUGUGUAUAUAGUGAAUAAGUAACUGCUGUUUUUGCGAGGGUGAAUGUCAAUUGCAUUUGGGUCGUGAUCUGUUACCUAAUCAUGAAUGGCAUGCUGAUCAUCUUUCUAACUCCUAGCUCAAGUGAAAAUUAAGGUUUUUCUUGUACAGGGUGAGUCGAAAAAUAUUUGCCUAUUUUAUGGACAAAAUUGAAUGGAGCAAUGCAAAACCAAAUUUAGUAGAGAAGGAAUGUCAUGAUCAGGGUGACACUUGAUGAAAGGGCCAUUUUUUAAUUGCAAUAUUUUAUUGUGCACUUCUACUAGGGUUUUCCACUCUGACAUUUUUAGUAAAUUUUGCAUCUAUAUGUUCUACAUUUGUACCAGUCCUUUUAGGUUCUUACUGUUUAUAAAAUAUAUCUUCCAUAACUCUCAUGCAAUAAGUGUUACGAGUAUAUACUUUUGCUAGUAUUGUAUAGUACAUAGUAUAAUCUAUACAUAUUCGUCAUAGGGUAUUCUAUCUUGCAUGCCUACUCUAACAAAUUCUUUCAUGGUGGUCUUGGAAACUUUUGGCAAAAUUAAAAAUUAUUGUACAGUAUUGGUAAAAUAUGUUGAUACUUUGUAUCGUGCAUAAAAAAUUGAUAUUGUUUUCUCUAAUGUUUCGAGACUAGACCACAAUCUAUGAUAGAUAUUGUUAUUUCAUAUUGUUGGUUGAUGAUUUUAUGUUGUAAGCCUUAUGAGGUCAAGCAAUGCAUCUUUUGCACUCAGAACACAAGAGUCAAUCAUUUCUAAAAUAUGUUUCCAUGACAAUGCACCAUUAUUGUGGAGCUCUGAUUUCACAUCGUAGCAAAUAGAUAUUGAGUCAUCAUGUACAUUUAGUCAAAUUUCACAUUUAUUCAAGUUGCACAUUGAGUCACACUGUAAAUAUGGAAUUUAGAAAAUACCAAAUAUGGAAUUUUUGAAACAUCAAAAUAUUCCAGUUAGCACUUAGGUGACAUCUAUUGUUUGAUCUCUGGUAAAAAGGCACAACAUUUUAUCGUCAUU